CACCAUGUAGACAGACCGAGUCAGACAGAAGCAGGAACCGGAGAGAAGGACCUCGAGCUGCGGGCUGAACCGGAGAGAAGACGCGGUCCCACCGUCGGAGGAGAGAACGAGAGCUUUAAACAACAGAGCCGUCCGGUGAAAAGACGACAUGUCCCUCGUCUCACUCCUCGUCCUCUUGGGGACAACACUGACGGUGAUCUGCGAAAAACACUCCCUCACAUACAUCUACACGGCCUUCUCCCAAAAACCCAUGGGACUGCCGGGCCUCCACCAGUUCACGGCCAUGGGGCUGCUGGACAAGAAGAUCAUCGACUACUUCGACAGCGACAACCAGGUGAAGGUUCCCAGGCAGACGUGGAUGAAGGAGCGACUCAAGGCCGAUUACUGGGAGAAAGGAACACAGUCCCGCCAGAGCAAGCAGCAGUGGUUCAAGGUCAACAUCAACAUCCUGAUGAAGCGCAUGAGGCAGAACGAAUCGGUGCCUUACAACCACGUCCUCCAGUGGAUGCACGGCUGUGAAGGCGACAUGCAGCCCGACGGUAAGAUCAAGUUCACCCACGGCGUCGACAUGUACAGCUACGACGGCAACGACUUCCUGUCCUUCGACAACGACAACGGCGUCUGGGUCGCCGCGGCCGUCGAGGCGCAGCAGACCAAGAGGGAGUGGGACAGGGUCCACGUGCUGAAGGAAUACACCAAAGGAUACCUGGAGAACGAGUGCAUGGACUGGAUGGGGAAGUUCAUGACGUAUCAGAAUCAGGAGCAGACAGCAGCACAUGAAGCCACUCCUCCAAAGGUGUUUGUGUUCACGAGGAGCACCGACGUUGACGCAAACAUCAUUCUGACGUGCCUCGCCACGGGUUUCUACCCAAAAGACAUCGUGCUGCGGAUCAAGAGGAUCAACCGUAUUCUGUCAAAGGAGGACGGACUGAGUUCUUCGGGCAUUCGGCCGAACGGAGACGACACCUUCCAGAGAAGAGACAGCGUGGAGAUCCUGAGGAGUGACGCGUCUAAAUACACCUGUGAAGUGAUACACGAGGCAACCAGGGUACAUGUGGAGAAGGAAUGGGAUCACAAGCUUCCUCCAGAGAACGGAGGAGCUGUCAUCGGAGCCGCAGGGGGCGUGAUCGUGGUCUUGAUCGCUUUGGCUGGUGGGAUUCUGAUCUUCUUGUAUAAGACAGGACAUCUCUGCGGUCAACUCAAGAAAGGAGGCUCAGCUCCGUCUAUUGACAGCAACAACCCUCAUAAACCACUUCAAUCCUCAUCUGCUUCCAGCUCAGAUCCGUCUCUCAACAAUGACAACAGCCCUGCUGAGCACAUCAACCUGAUGGAAGAAAGCAACAAAGAGGUGAACGCAUGAAGUGUCUCACAUCACGACUCUGCUCUCUGGAACCAAAUCAACCAGCACAACAGAUAACUUCUACUGUAGACUUUCAAAGAGACAAUUUGAAAAUGAGCAACAACAACAUUUCUAAGCUAAAAUUAUAAUGUCAUUAUAAAUGUCAACGUUCAAACGGCGUCAACAUCUCGUUGCAGCUCAGAAAACAACCGAAUCAGCACUAAAAUAAGAGUUCUGUUGCUUGGUUUUAAAUAGUAAAACGACGGUGAGCUUGUUGAAGAUCCAGGAAAGUGAUGAGAGAAGUGUGACCUGCAGGUAAUUCACGAAUCCAGAGAAAGUUUAGAAAAUCUGUUUGUUACUUUAGGCCGCAUGGCUGCGGGAGAUAACUAAUAUUUCACGCUUACAAGUUCUACGUGUUUUUUUUUUUGUGUCUAAAAAUAAAUGACUCUGGAAAAGUUUAUCCAAGAAAGUUAGAAAGUCAAUGUUUAAAUCCGGCCUGAUAAGUUGCCGUACACAUAAAAGAAGGAACCCAAUCACCUCCACACACACACACACACACACUGAUGCAUACAGCUUAUUAAUCAAACACGGGUAUCGGACAGCGACGCACGGGUUGUACUCGAGGAGCCAGAUGAGGCCCCACCACCUCCCCUACAUCGGAGCAAGACACAAGCAACUUAUCAGACGCUCCAUAAACGUCGGAUCAGUGACUUGUUUGCUAGGGCUGUUUUAAAGGAGGAAUGUUUGAGCGGUCCAUGUGGAUCUUGGUGUAUAAAUGUACUCGGGGUGUUUAUCUUUAUACACACUUUAUUAUAUGAGCUUGUUGAAUUAAUCAUAAAUUGCUUAAAUUCAUUUUAAAACCUUUGAAUGUGGCGAAACAUGAGAAUUUCACAAUUUUUUUUUGAGAUGAAUAUUGUUAAUAAACCUUAAAGCAUUUACCUUAAAACAGAUCAUUUUAGAUAGUAGGCACUGGUUACCAGUAAAUAUCUUUUCCUUUUGGGGCUUUUUAAACACAAACAUUAUUCAUGAAAUGUUGUUUAAAGCAAAUGUAAUUAUAUUUUAUGCAUUCAAAUGUUUUCAUCUUUUGGGUUUUACGUUUUGUUAUCCUGUUUAUAAUUAUUUCUGCUCAAUCUUAGUAUCAAUUUGCCACUUUUAUAGAUCGGCAGUAAAUCCUGAAAUCUGCUCGUUUUUAAUUAAAUGAGUUGUUUGUUGAAAGACACCGAAGCUUUUAAGAAUCUUUACAGCUGUUUAGAUGAGUCCAACUCAUAAAUCUUCCAAUUUGAAUGAAUCCAUAUAGAGAUAUACCUUAGUUUGGUUUAUUGUUUUCUUUUGACACUUUGAAUGUUAUUUGUCUGUGAGGUUCUUCUUUAAAUCAUGUUUGAGCUAUGAGGACAUUUGUCCUGCACAUUAUCUGCUUCUGAUGAAAUAAAUUAAAUAUCAAAAUGAAA